AUGGGUUCCUACAUUGACUGGUCCAAGACCACCAAGUCUUCCAACUAUCGUGGCUCCAAUUCCUUCUCGACCUUUAUGAUUAUUGGGCCGACUUGCUUUUUCCUCGGAAUCCUCUUCGCCUCCUUCCCGUACGACUUCCCACUCCUCUGGAGCAAGGAGCCCGUUCCCGCGAGUUACUAUGAUCAGAUUGAGACACACUUGAAGUUCAUCCAUCAGUCGCCUCCUCUGAUUGGACGUAUGCUCAACAUCAUCGUCAGUGUUGGCUUUCUCGGACUCUUCAUCAAGCUGUUCAAACCUAGUGAGGCCAACUUUUUGUUUGAUGGCGCGUCUCUGAUCCUCUAUACCAUUGGUGUUGCGGUGUACAUUACCAAUAUUGUCAAGGGUCUGCGCACCAUGAGCUCUGGCUACUUUGACAGCGACGAAUUCAAGAAUGCCAAGUCUAGGUUCGAGGGCGAGAUUAUCUUGGGGCGCGAGGACAGUCUGAGAGUGCUUUCUGCCAGCAAUACCAUUUUGGCUCUGGUCCUCAUUGGUGUUUUGGUUCUUCAGGCGGGCCAGUGGUAUGCUGAGAAGAGAGAUGUGGACGACGAAGCUGCUUCGGCCGCGAAGAAGGAUGCACCCACUGGCAAGGCUGCUACCAAGAAGAAGCAGUAA